CAACACUAGCUAUAGCUGCCAUGUUUCACUUCCUGUGCUUGCGAACAAAAUAGAAUCGCCAAGAAAACCCUGCGAGUGAGUGUUUCAACAUCACACUCGAAAAUAACAUCAAAGUGGUAGUUGAAAGAGUGCCACUACUCGAACCGCACUUAUACCGACACCAACCAAUAAAUUGAAAGUAGCAGCCGAAAACUCAAGCCAAGAAAAAACAAAGUUGCGGCAACCAACAGCAGACGAAAGUUUUGCCGCACUCCGUCGACAAACAUCAGGAGAGGUUACUUUAUUUAUUCUUGCUUAUAUUUUUGGAAGCUCGAGUGUGUAGGUGUGUGUGCGCGUUUGAGGAAGAAGAACAACGAACGUAGCUAGAAAGAUGGCAGACUCGGAAAAACAGCAGCAGCUACCCAUUGAACAGCAGCAGCCGCUGGCCCAGGAAGAACAGCAGGAUGAGGGGCAGCAAGCGCAGGGCAAGCCCGCGCCGCCACCAAAGGAAAUUAUUGCCACUAAAGUCACCGGCACUGUUAAAUGGUUCAACGUAAAGAGCGGCUACGGCUUCAUCAAUCGCAACGACACCAAAGAGGACGUCUUUGUGCACCAGAGUGCCAUAGCGCGCAACAAUCCUAAGAAGGCGGUGCGUUCGGUCGGCGAUGGCGAGCUUGUUGAAUUCGAUGUGGUAAUUGGCGAGAAGGGCAACGAGGCGGCCAAUGUAACUGGGCCUUCUGGUGAGCCGGUGCGGGGCAGUCAGUUUGCCGCUGACAAGCGUCGCAACUUCCGACCAUGGAUGAAGAAGAAUCGCCGUAAACAACCGGGCGAGGGUGACAAUGAAGGCGACGAACUGGCGCCGGCACAACAGCAGCAGCAACAGCAGCUCGAUGGCCAGCAGCAGCAACAGCAGCAGAUGCAGUCGGGUCCACGUCAGCCACGUCAGAACUAUCGUCGCGGACCCGGCGGCGGCCCUGGCGGUCCACCCGGUGGCCCACGCGGUGCUCCACGUGGCGGCGGCCCAGGCGGACCACCCGGUGGACCCGGACAACGUCGCUAUAACAACUACUAUCCGCGCCAGACGCGCCGUGUGCUCGGAGGCGGCGAUGGCAGCGCUGAACCAGGCGUUCAUGAUCCCAAUUCAGAUGGUGUACAGCGAGGCGGCGAUGGACAGCCGCGUCGUGGUGGCGGCGUUGGUGGACCCCAGCGACGCUUCUUCCGACGCAAUGGACCACCGCCGCGUCGUGAUGGUGGCGAGUACAUUCAGGGCGGCCAAGGACCGCCGCGUCAGCCGUUCCGUCCACGUCGCCAGAAUCGUAAACCCAAUGGACCUGGCGGCGGCGGCAUGGAGCAGCAGUCACAGCAGAACGGCGCUCAAGAGCUGCAAAAUACAACAACAGAAAGCACCGCAUAAAGAAAACUGCAG